CCACCCUGUAAUACAGCAUUAACUACUAGCUCACAUAAUGGCUUGAGUGCAAUUCUAACUCCUGUGAUACAGAUGAAAGAUGUUCUGUUAGAGAACUCUGAGAUCUGUAAAUUAGACCUCCUUGUGAAAGAUAUCCAAAGGCAAGUAAAUGAACUUCAGAAAAAAUUAGGUCAGUUUGAUAGAAUGUCACUGCCAUUGUCAAAUAUCACGGAGAGCAGUUCUGAUAUUGGCCAGGUUAAGUCUUUGCUGGAUGUAACUCAAAGCAAGCUUUCGGAUUUAGACCCAAUAGCCUGUAUGUUAAGAAAGCAUUCUAAAAUGUCUCCAGACACCCUUAAUAAGGCUGAAAAUAUGAUUGACUGCUUGGCUGCGGAGGUGAUGAAGCGUAUAACCUCUUCUCACCAGGCUAUAGUUUACAAUGUCCCAGAUUCUCUUCCUCUGAAGACUGUUAAACACAAAAUCCUGAUUUGUUGCGGCAUGGCCAGUGUUCCAUGUGAAUGCAAAAGACUUCGUAAAAAGUCUAACCAGGCUAACUGUCCCAUUAUUUUUAAGUUCAGUAAUUCCCUUGAUUCUAGUAAGUUUAUUAAAUGCCAGGAUCACCUAAGACUGAACAGUAGUUAUAAGUCCAUAACCAUAGCUCAAGAUAAAACACCGUGUCAGCGCAGAAUGAUGCGGAGUAAUAACCUGGUCACCUCCUCUAGCGUAGAAUUACCCAAAAACGUUCGUGCACAGCAACAGUCACCUAAUGCUGACAUUAGCAUUCAGCAGACCACACAACAACCACGCAUGGCAAUGGAACUAGGGACUGAUUUAGAUACCAGCACCCCUGUAAAUAACGUCUCACCAAAAGAUGUUAAAAUAGGUAGAACUGUUGCAAGUCGUUCCAAGAAAUUCUUACCCAAACGUGGUGACCUAACCACAAUGAACAAAUUUCGCCGGGUUGAGACUAAUGAUGGGGAAGAAUACUUUGUAUUCAAUAAGCUUGCUGAGAGUAAGACUGUCAAAAAACCCUCACCUCUUACGAAAAGUUCCUCUCGAAACACAAGUAUAUCUGGUGGUUUUCAGUAUGCUCCACCUUAUAGAAAGUCAGGCCCAAAAACCCCCAAAGUCUUACAACCAAAGCACCUUCCCUUUCAAUUUCCUUUAAGUUAUAAAACCAACACGAAGGUGUGUACCGGUAUGAUGGAUAGCACGUGGAUGGGUAGACCAUUUGAUGCUAUGCUUUUUAACCGUCAACCCAGGCCCAACAUCUACUAUCCUUAUAUCCAGGAACAAAUGGUAAAUUUUCCACGUGUCCCGAAUCACUGGUACGACCCAUGGCACCUAGGACCACCUCACUGCACUCUAACCCCGAUGCACAGACACCCAGUCCAACCCCUGUAUCAUUCAUAAACUCUUGCAUUGUUGACGCACAAACAGAGUUAGGUUAUGGUGAUAUCUUAAGCCAGUUUGUAGUAUCCCGUGACUUAUUCACGAUAUUGCUAAUUAAUGCGCGUUCCUUAAUCAAUAAGAUAUCUGAACUAAGGGCAUUAUUAUUUAUCGCCAAGCCUACUGUAGCUUUGAUUACUGAAUCAUGGUGCUCAUACUCUGUACUUGAUGUGCAUAUAGGCAUAGAUGAUUACACUGUACACCGUGCAAAUAGAGACAGCAAGCGUGGUGGAGGAUGUCUCAUAUAUAUACAUAACUCAUUCGUAGCCAGUAAGGUGGAAGAUGAAAUACUGAACGAUGUACCUGAUUCACUCUGGGUCGUCUUACAAGGAGAUAAGUACAAGCUUCUCAUAGGCUGUGUUUAUCGAGCACCAAGCUCAACCAAAGAAACUGAUGCGUUAUUAGCUAAAUCAUUCGCACACGCCUCAUCGUUUAGUACUAAUUACAAAAUAAUUGCAGGGGACUUCAAUCUUCCAGAAGCCAAUUGGUUAAGUAGUUCCGGCCCGCAACGCUUCGACGAAUUACUUGCCACUAUCGAUUGUUAUGGAUGGCAGCAACACGUCCAGACACCUACUCGUGGUGACAACAUGUUGGACCUUGUGUUUUGUCAUGACACAAUCCCAGUCUCCACCUAUGUUGGUAACAGAUUUUCCAGUAGUGACCAUAGAAUGGUGCUCUGCUCUCUGCCUUUCUCACCACUAAAUACAGGAAACAAACAGGAUUCAGGGAGCUUGAUUUGUCGUAGUUACAAACAUACAGACUGGGGAUUAGUCCAAGAACUCAUUCGACUCUGUCACUGGGAUGAAUAUUUUACCACUGACUCCCUGGAGACUGUAGUGUCCCUAUUUUACAGGAAUGUUAUCCUUUGUCUAGAUACUGUUGCUCCUAAGAAGGUAGUGAAAUUAAGUAGACACCAAGCUGAUUACAUUCCGAGGGCAUGCCGCAAUAAGUUGAGGAAGUUGAAGAAACAGUACUAUUCAACUAAGGAUAUAUCACUACUGCACUCAAUCCAUGAGUCUCUUGAAUCUGUCAAGCGCCAACGCUCUCAAAAGGACCUCGACGAAGAAUUAAGGGCACUUGAAAGCACCUCCAAAGUUUAUAACUUAACAACGCUUCUUAAAAAGCGAAUGCAGUCGACGAGGGACAUCCCCUAUUUACUUCAUGACAAAGUUAUCUACAAUGAGCCUUCCACCAUCUGUGAAAUAUUCAGUGAGUGGUUUGCAAACUUCAGUUUAGAAACGCGCAUUCCUCGUGACACCGGCCCCCUUACUAGUUCUUUCCUCGGAAGCAUAGUGUUCACCGACCAAUUAAUAGAACAGGCAGUUAAAAGCCUGAAACCUUCCACUAGCACGGGACCAGAUGGCCUUGCUUCCAUAAUUUUCAAAAACAGUGGGUGUGAUAUACCCCUACUACUUCUUAAAUUCUUCUCGAUAUCUAUGGACACUGGCACUUACCCUAAUGAGUGGAAAACUAGCUUCAUAAUUCCACACCAUAAAUCCGGUGAUAAGGCAAACGUCCGCAAUUACAGACCUAUAAAUAUAACCCCAGUUGUCUCGCGAGUCAUGGAGAAAGUUGUCAAAGAUCAGUUGUCAGACUAUCUACUUAAGGAAGAUCUUGUUACAAGGUCUCAACACGGAUUUCUCAAAAAUAGGUCUUGCGUUACUUGCCACUUCGACUUUUUCAACUGCGUCACUAGUAGUCGCGAAGCACGUAAGCUAGUUGUUGUUCUUUACUUCGACAUAUCUAGGGCAUUUGACAUGGUAUCUCACAGCAUUCUCUUUGAGAAGCUGUAUUCAUGUGGGAUUCGCAAUCCAUUACUGAGCUGGUUAAAAUCCUUUCUAAGCAAUAGGGUACAAAUAACCAAGGUUGGAUCUGUGUUGUCUCAUCCCAGACAGAUCACAAGUGGGGUUGUGCAAGGUAGUGUCCUAGGUCCACUUUUAUUUACAGUAUACAUUAACAGCAUUUGCAACUGCUUCACCUCAGGUAAAUCAUUCCUAUAUGCUGACGACCUCAAAGUCGUUUACUCCUGCCACGCUCAUGAACUAAGCGAUAUGGUGAAUAAAAUACAUCUUGAACUAAGUAGUCUCGCAACAUGGUGUACUGAAUCCUGUCUUAAGUUCAACAUUGAUAAAUGCGCUUGUCAUUUUGUCUGAGUCCGCUAAGAAUAAACGGGCAGUAUUCUAAAAUAGGUCGGACACAUACUUUAUAUAAUAAAACCCUAGUUUCACAACAAAAGAAAUUGCGAG